AACUUCCUUUUCCUAUUUCUAGGUUUCCUUAUUGUGUUUAUCUUAACAUAUUAAACAUCUAAUAAUAUGUUAAGUUUCCACAAGCUUGGAAUUAUCCAACAUUUGUCUGGUCACCAGAUCGAGUUUGUGUGUUAAUAUGGUUGUGCAUAUUUGGCUCUGGCUAUAACGAUAAAUCAAGCAGAAAAAGUGAAAAACAAUAUUUAGUUAAUUUAUCGAUCUAACGUUUAACUAGGGACUUAUAGACCCAGUAGGGAUGGAUCUAUAAGUCCAUUCGGGUUGAGCAAAACUAGGGAUGGACAUAUCGGUUCGGUUGGGUUCGGUUUGAUUUAGUUAAUUUGGAUUUUAUAAAAUUCAACUCAAUUAAAACCAAAGUAGCUUUGGUUUGGAUUCGGUUUGGAUUUAGUUUGGUUCGGUUUGGUUUAGUCCGGUUUCGUUUAGAUUUAUUUGGUUUUCUUCAAAAGUCUAUGAAACACAAAACAAUUUAAAGUUCGAUGACAAAACUCUUAACCACGUUAAAGGAAGAAAUACAUAAUAAGCAAAGACCAGACUAUUUGUAAUCUAAUUAGCAUAACAAAGACUUGUAAGCAUUCCAAAACCUAUUAACUAAAAGACUAUUUGCAUCUACCUUUUUGUUUUUAUUGAUACUAUAAUAACUUUGUUACAUAAUUUAGAGAAUGAAAAUUGGAUAAGAUGAACGAAACAAGAUGGCUACGAUUUAGAUGCUUAUAGUUUUUAGGUUUUGUUUUCAGUACAAUCUUUAGGUAGUAGGAUUAUUUGAAUCAUAUUUGGAUUUUUUUGAAAAUAUAUGGAAAUUAAGAAAAAAUAGAAAACGAAACUUUAACUAAAAUAUACAAUAUGUUAACAAAAAAAAUAUAUAUAUAUAUUGGAUUAUUGGUUUGGUUUUGUUUGGUUCGGUUUGAACCCAAACCAAGCCAAACCAUUCGGAUUGAGCAAAACAUGAACCAAUUGGAUGUAAAAAGCACGAUUUGGUUUGGAUCGGUUUAACUUCGGUUGGUUUGGUUUAGAUCGGUUCAGUUUGGGUUUUUUGCCCACCUCUACCCUUGUUAAUCAAACUCGACAUAUACAAGCAAAGUUAUUAUUUGACUAUCUUAAAAACUAUUAUUAAUCCUGUAUUGCCAAAUCAUCCAUCAAAUAUAUAUAUUUCCACCGUCCCCCUCCCAAGGAAUAUGCGACAUUUCCAACGUUAUAUAUAUGCUACGAAAAAUUAUUCGGAAAACCUGAAAGAGCUAAGAGCAAAAAGGCUUGAGAAGAACAAGACGCACGUUUUGUCUCAAGAAGAACGAGUCUUCUUCUCCCGUUUAUUGGGAACAAUAAUGGCUCACCAUAAUGAAGACGAAGGGUCUGUUGGGACUUCCAUGCAUGGAGUCACGGCGAGGGAACAAGUUUUCUCCUUCUCGGUCCAAGGAGAAGAUGAUGGCCCGUCAUCCCAUACCGUCCGUUUUGAUGAUCCAACAGCUAAGUUUGCCCUGCCGGUUGACUCAGAACACCGAGCAACAGCGUUCAAACCAUUUUCAUUUGCGAAGCCACACAUGAGAGCUUUCCACUUAGGAUGGAUAUCUUUCUUCACUUGCUUUAUAUCCACAUUUGCCGCCGCACCUCUGGUUCCUAUCAUCAGAGAUAACCUCGAUUUGACCAAAAGUGAUAUUGGAAACGCAGGAGUCGCUUCCGUUUCCGGUGCCAUUUUCUCAAGGCUCGCUAUGGGAGCUGUUUGUGACUUGCUCGGGGCUAGGUACGGAACGGCGUUUCUGCUAAUGCUAUCCGCCCCAACAGUGUUUAGCAUGUCCUUUGUAUCUGAUGCUGGUGGCUACUUAUCCGUCCGGUUCAUGAUUGGUUUUUGUCUAGCCACGUUUGUGUCUUGUCAGUACUGGACCAGCGUGAUGUUCAACGGUAAGAUCAUUGGACUCGUCAAUGGAUGUGCUGGUGGCUGGGGAGACAUGGGAGGAGGCGUAACUCAGCUACUCAUGCCGAUGGUUUUCCACGUCAUCAAACUCGCUGGAGCCACUCCCUUCACGGCCUGGAGGAUUGCGUUCUUCAUUCCCGGAUUUCUUCAGGUCAUCAUGGGUAUUCUUGUGCUCACUCUUGGACAAGAUCUUCCUGAUGGAAACCUAAGUACUCUACAGAAGAGAGGAGAGGUUUCCAAAGACAAAUUCACCAAGGUGUUUUGGUAUGCUGUUUUGAACUAUAGAACAUACGUUUUGUUCCUUCUCUAUGGAUUUUCCAUGGGAAUCGAAAUGACCAUCAACAAUGUUAUCUCCGAGUAUUUCUUCGACAGGUUUCAGCUUGAACUACACACUGCUGGUAUGAUAGCAGCCAGCUUUGGUAUGGCUAACUUCUUCGCUCGUCCGCUUGGUGGAUACGCAUCUGACAUUUCUGCUAGGUUUUUCGGUAUGAGAGGGCGGUUAUGGACCCUUUGGAUCUUACAAACUUCUGGUGGUAUUUUCUGUGUUUGGCUCGGCCGUGCUACUUCACUUCCUAUAGCUAUUUUAUCCAUGAUGCUCUUCUCCGUGGGCGUGCAAGCAGCUUGUGGGGCCAUCUUCGGCAUCGUUCCUUUUGUCUCCCGCCGCUCUCUAGGGCUAAUAUCUGGAUUGACCGGCGCAGGAGGAAAUUUUGGGUCGGGGCUAACUCAAUUGAUCUUUUUCUCUUCAUCCAAAUUCCAUACUGCCGAUGGUUUAUCGCUGAUGGGAAUCAUGGGGAUGAUUUUUACACUUUUAGUUGCGUUUAUACAUUUUCCGCAAUGGGGAAGUAUGUUUUUUGGACCAACAAGUGACGAGAAAAAAUCAAAGGAAGAGCACUAUUAUGCGGCAGAGUGGACUGAGGAAGAGAAACGGCAAGGAUUGCAUGAAGGUAGCCUUAAAUUUGCAGAAAAUAGUCGAUCUGAAAGAGGCAGAAAGGCGGCUUCAGACGGAUCCUCCCCCUCCACGCCGCCUGAAAAUGGAAAUCCGGCUCAUGUUUAAUCACAUGGAAUUGCAUUUUCUUCUCCACAUGCACACACACAUUACACAAAUAUGGUGAGGCAUAAUUACCAUUUAUUAUUGUUCAUUUUGAUAUGGGCUAUGCUUUGG